CAGGCUGCUGCGUAGGUAGCUUGGUGGUUAUCCGAAGACCCCAACUCUGCGACCGCAAGACAAACGAUUAUUAUUAUUUUAUCCUCAGUCUCCUCAGACGCAAAGACUCGAGUCAAACUGGAGCAGACAAUAGCGUACCCAGAGUGGACCGGCACAGAGAGGCAGCCCCCUCCGUGGACCGAUGAACUUGCGGAGAUGUCCCGACAUAUUUACACCCGCCACGGGAUAGGUGAUGGAGUCCAGAAGCCUAUGUUUCAGGUAAACCGAGGGACCUACUCUCGCCGCAGCCGCCUGAAGAGGUCCGACGGCAGCACCACCUCCACUAGCUUCAUCCUCCGACAGGGUUCCGCUGAUUCGUACACUAGCAGGCCGUCGGACUCGGAUGUGUCUCUGGACGAGGAGCGGGAGGGCGGGCGGCAGGAGCGUGAGCAGCAGGCCGCACAGCAGCUGGAGAGGGCCAAGGCGAAAGCAGUUGCUUUUGCAGUGAAGACCAAUGUCAGCUACUGUGGAGCUCUGGAUGAGGAUGUCCCAGUGGCUGGAACUGCCAUUUCAUUUGAUACCAAGGACUUCCUCCAUAUCAAAGAGAAAUACAACAAUGACUGGUGGAUAGGUCGUCUGGUGAAGGAGGGCUGUGACAUCGGCUUCAUCCCCAGCCCCCUCAAACUGGAGAACAUUCGUCUCCAGCAGGAGCAGAAGAGAGGACGCUUUAGCGGUAAGACCAGUGGGAAUUCCUCCUCCAGUCUGGGGGAGAUGGUCUCGGGCACUUUCAAACCCAACCCUCCCUCAGCAGGAAAACAGAAGCAGAAAGUGGCAGAACACAUUCCUCCCUAUGACGUUGUUCCCUCCAUGAGGCCGGUGGUCUUAGUGGGUCCCUCUCUCAAAGGUUAUGAGGUGACUGACAUGAUGCAGAAAGCACUCUUUGACUUCCUGAAGCACAGGUUUGACGGCAGGAUAUCCAUCACAAGAGUGACUGCAGAUAUAUCUCUGGCCAAAAGAUCUGUGCUCAACAAUCCUAGCAAGAGGGCCAUCAUCGAGAGAUCCAACACCAGAUCCAGCUUGGCCGAGGUGCAGAGCGAGAUUGAGCGGAUUUUCGAGCUGGCCCGGUCCUUGCAGCUGGUGGUGCUCGAUGCGGACACAAUCAACCAUCCGGCACAGCUCAUUAAAACCUCCUUAGCACCCAUCAUUGUCCAUGUCAAAGUAUCCUCUCCCAAGGUGUUGCAACGGUUGAUCAAGUCACGUGGGAAGUCCCAGAGCAAGCACUUGAACGUUCAGCUGGUGGCGGCAGACAAGCUGGCACAGUGCCCCCCGGAAAUGUUUGACAUCAUUUUGGACGAGAAUCAGCUGGAGGACGCCUGUGAACACCUGGCCGAGUACCUGGAGGCGUACUGGCGUGCGACGCACACGUCUCUCAGCACCCCGCUCAACCCCAUACUGGGAAGGAACCUGGGAUCCACGGCUCUCUCUCCAUAUCCCUCUGGGCUGCAGGGCCAGAAGAAUAAGCAGAGCAAUCACAUGGGGGAGCUAUCCCCUGCCGAAAAACGUAGCCUGAUGACGGCCGACGAGAACUACCACAAUAACGAGCGGGCGAGGAAGAACCGCAACCGCCUGUCAUCCGAAUCGCAGCAGAGCCGGGACAACUACCCGCUGGUGGAGGAGGACUACCAGGACCCUUAUCAGGACACGUACAAACCCCACCGCAGCCGAGGCUCCCCAGGCGGCUACAGCCACGAGUCCAGGCAAAGGCUAUGAGUCCAGGCCACUCCAGAAACAAACGAAAGAAACAAAAAAACUACAAAUACAACUGGUCUCUCCUCUCUGUAAAGCUCUGUAAAGGAGGGGGCUCCUGUGAGACUUUCUCCAGAGUGUUUAUGGGAAGUGUAGUACUUCAGUCUUCUUGUGUGGCACAGUCUCCCUGCAGUGUGGUGGCGAUAGGCCUCAAAAAGCAAGUGCCACCACUUCUUGCCGACACGAGGCACAGAAUACUCAUAAUUGCUGGAUGUUGAAAGUGUAGCGGAUAUUUUCAGAGGCAGUGCAGAGCACAGAAUAGUUAGGAAUUUAGUUUAGGCAGGGAAAAUAAGCAGACCAUCCACCGAGCCUUGGGGUGUUUUGGUAGCGUGAGUCUCGGGAGCUCUGUCAGUGUUAGCAGGUCAGACUGCUGUGGCAUGUUGUUCCUGCACCCUGAACCGAUGUCAGCAUGCGGAAAUGCUAGACAGCGCCAAGAGCCCCAAAGUCGACACGGAGCCUUCCCUUGCACGUUUUGUUUUUCUUUAGUAGCCAGUGGAGGCAGUGGAGUGUGAUGCCUCGUUAAUGUUAUUUCAUUUGUUCCAGUUGUCUUGGCUGGUUGUGAGUGUUUUCCGGUGCACUGCGGGGCACGGGGCAAGUAGAAAAAAAAAUUCUCACAGUUAAAAUGUUGAGUGAAUCUUGUCAGGCUUUGAUUUUUCCCUUAGAUCUUUCCCCCCAAUUCAAAUUCAGUACCAAUCAUUUCCAAACACAAGGACAUGUCUUAGCUGUUUGCUUUUUGCAGUUGAACCAGAGUUUCUGCAUAUUGUCCUUUAGGGAUGUAACGAUUACCGGUAUAAUGGUAAACCGCGAUAAAAAUGUUGACGAUAACAAUUAGCGUUUUCUUUUCAAAUAUCAUAAUUAUCACGGUUGAUUACCACAGUGUGGAAAC